AUGUCUGCUGCUUUAACGUAUGUCCAGACCAUGGCGAACGUCCAUGUCGCGCCAGAGGAUGAGAUCGACGAGCAAAUGGGGCAGAACUGCAAGAAAUGUGGACUGGCAAUCAGAGAAGGCCAUGCCUAUGAGUUGGGUGGUGAUCGUUGGCACACCCAUUGUUUCAACUGUUCCAAGUGCUCCAGGCUAUUAGGGGUCAACUCCAACUUUCUUGUGUUGGGCACUGGCGCUCUGGUCUGCUCGGAAUGCUCAUAUUCCUGCAAGUCCUGCGGAAAGAAAAUAUAUGAUCUGGCGAUUUUGACCGGGAACGACGCAUACUGUUCUUCAUGUUUCAGGUGUAGAUCUUGCAAACGACAGAUCGAGGACCUCCGGUAUGCGCGUACCUCCAAGGGUCUUUUUUGCAUGAGUUGUCACGAGCGGUUAAUCAGCAGGAAAAAAAAACACGACUCCAGGAGAAUUCUGAAACCCACGAAUUCUUCCGAAGGCUCUGCAUCCACAACCUCGAGCCUAUAUGACAAGCAUUUGCCCGAGACACCGGCACAUUCAAGCGGGUCCUCGUCUACACUUCCAAUACAGAACGCGGAUACUGAGACCGAGACGAAGUCCAAGUUGAGUCGAGAAUUAGAACAUUCUGCGGAAGACGUGGACGAUGCUUCUAGCAUUUCCAUUCCCGUAAGGUCGCCCAGGAGAUCUGACCGAGUGGGCUCUGUUCCAGUGCACUUGGACCUAAACUCUACCCCGGUUUUGAACCAAGAAGUCCAACAGGAUGCGUAUAUCCAGUCGCAGUCGUUGAAACAUACACCUGAAGGAACGCCUGAAGUUCCAGCACUCUCUUCGCUAUCGCCAUACGGAAACAUCAGAUCCAACAUGCAGGGAGUGAUGUCUCCUGGUAACAGAAAGGCCAUGGUAAUAGAUGACGAGGAAGACGAUGACGAGAAUGAACUCUUCAACGACCCCUACAGGGUCUCUGCCCAGGAAUCAGCGUCCAAGGAUGGCUCGGUGAUUAUUGGAGAGAAUGCGUUUUCUGGUUUGACGACCGAAAUGAAGGGUCUCAACAUUGGCAACAUUUCUGCAGAACCUCCCUCCACUCCGUCACGUAUGUUUUCACCUCCGUCUACUCCAGACCGAACAGAUCCUGUGACUUCACAAUCUGGUUCUACUCAGGGCCAUUCCAGAAAGCAUUCUGGAGGCUUGGGAAGAGCUUUCUCCAUUCGCUCUCCCAAAGCAAAGCAGAUUUUCAACUUUCAUCGUCAUAAGAGAAGUAUAAGUGGAAACCUUGAAGUUUCUUCAACCGCAGAGAAACUUGAAAAAGCCGCAAACGAAACCGAUACUGACGCCGAUCCGAAUACUACACCCGUCUUUUCCACAGCAGCAUUCAGCACACCACCCCUUGCAUCCUAUGAAAGCAUACCGUCUCGGUCACCAACUACUCAUAAAAGGUCCAUAUCAGACUCUGUUCAGAAGGACUAUAAACAGGCAGAGGCUCAAUUGUCCAGUCUUCAAGCCGAGGUAAGCCACCUGAUCCACAAAAAAACUGCUCUGAUGAGAGACUUGGAGACUUUGGAGACACAAAAAGCCAAUCUGACAACUGAUAUUGCUGUGUUACUGGAACAGCAGAAGAAACUGGAAGUUGAUACCAAAGUUGAACAAAACAGAGCAAAGAGCCUCAAUAGCACCACAGAUGAAUCCACAACCAUCGAUGUUUCCGAAAAGACAUCCACUUCCUCAAACAGCUCGAAGAUUGCUGAGCCUAUUGCCAUUGUGAAUCCUGACGAAACAGUGCACUCUUUGGAAAACUCAGCUGAUAGGUCUCGUCAGAAGGCGCGUUUCUGGAAACGUUCUAAGAACACGAAGGGGAUCCUGGCAUCAUCACCUUCAUACCAGAAUGCACUGAACAUAUCAAUUGACGAAAAUGAGGUGGUUGAGACUGAAGUACCUCCACAGUCUGGUUUUCUCAGUUCUAUGAUCAAAUCAAGGAGCAACAACUUCUUGUCCCUUAGAAACUCGGAAAAUGCCCAAAAGAUCCCCGCUGAAGUGGCCGUUCCAGGAAAAGAGUUGUACAAAUCUACUCUACAAGACAGAGCGGAUUAUGAGGGAAGACCAAUACCAUUCAUUGUGGAGCGUUGCAUCGCGGAAGUUGAAAAGAGAGGGCUCAAAUCGGAAGGUAUAUAUAGGAUCAGUGGUGCGUCCUCAGCAAUAGACAGACUGGAGACUAGUUUCCGUGAACUUGAUUUAGGAGAUGAAUCCGAUUUGAGAAAUUUGGCAAAGGCAAUAUCUGGAGAUAUCAAUUGUGUCACCGGAACACUCAAAAGAUACUUAGGAAAACUGGCUGAACCAGUCAUACCUUACAGUUUUUACGACUCUUUCAUCAAUAUCGGUUCAUUGGAGGUCUCAGAGCAAAAGGAAGCUCUCAGAAACGUUCUACAGAACCUGCCCAAUUCAAAUCGCGAAGUCUUGCUGAGACUUUCCAAGCAUCUUGAGCUCAUUUCUAAUAGUGGGAACGAAAACAGGAUGAACGUGCAUAGUUUGUCUGUUGUUUUUGCUCCAACCUUAGCAAGAUACAAAGAGGCUGACCCUAGCAGAGAGAUGAUCGACAUGGGCUCCAGAAGUGCAGUUACUGAGUUGAUGUUCCUGCAUUAUGAUUAUUUGUUGGGAGAAUAG